AUAUCCUGUCCUUUUGUACAAGGGCAGAAUUGGUGAAAUAGAUCUAAAAAUUGAAGGCUCUCCCUCUGCUUUUGGCACUGGUAUACCAUUAAGGUGGCUGCUGCUCUUCCAUAUUGCUGGUAGCUGGAAAACUAUUUUUUGUUUUAUUUCCCCGAGAAGACAUCCUGUUCAUCAAGUUUUGGGAAAGAAAUUUAAGCUAAAAUGGAGUAGGGUUAGAUUUAGGUGUGUUCCCUGAGAAGGUGUUGAGGCCCUGGGACAAGGUGCCUAGAGAAGCUGUGGCUGCUCGAUCCCUGGAAUUAUCCAAGGCCAGGUUGGACAGGGCUUGGAUUAACCUGGGCUACUGGAAUGUUUCCCUGCCCGUGGCACGGGGGUGGCACCGGAUGAGCUUCAAGGUCCCUUCCAGCACAAACCAAUGAGGGAUUCUGUAAAAUUCUCGUUUUCUUAAGCAAGCUUUCAAAUAAAUCCAAAUGUUGAAGGGUGUUUCUCUGGCUAGUUCUGUUUUUGGAACACUCUUAUGCCAUCUUUAGGUAAUCCCUGUAUUUUUUUGGACUUAGGUAAACCAAAUCUCGUGAGGUAGGAUGGGGGAGCAGGGGAUUUGUUGUUAGUUUUUGUUGAACACGUGAAAUCCCUGGGAAAGGAUUCAAACCAGCUUUGCAGGGGGGUUUCACUAACACGAUUCUGUUGCCAGGGCUGCCUAUGCUGAGGCACCAUGGCUUUCAGCAAGGGAUACCCAGCCUGUCGCAGGCUGCAUCACUAACACCAUCCAUCUUGUGUUGCCAGGGCUGCCCUGCCGAGGCACCAUGGCUUUCAGCAAGGGGUUCCGAGUGUAUCACAAGCUGGACCCGCCUCCCUUCAGCGUGAUGGUGGAGACCAGGAGCAGGGAGGAGUGCCUCAUGUUCGAGUCCGGAGCCGUGGCUGUCCUCUCCUCUGCAGAAAAGGACACAAUCAAGAACACGUACUCCAAAGUCAUGGAUGCAUACGGGCUCUUGGGCGUGCUAAGGUUAAACCUCGGGGACACGCUGCUGCACUACCUGGUGCUGGUGACGGGGUGCAUGUCCGUGGGCAAGAUCCAGGACUCGGAGGUGUUCCGGGUGACGUGCACCGAGUUCGUGUCGCUGCGCGCGGACCCUGCGGACGAGGACCGCGUCUCCGAGGUGCGCAAGGUGCUCAACUCGGGCAGCUUCUACUUCGCCUGGUCUGCCACGGGGGUCAGCCUGGACCUGAGCCUCAGCGCCCACCGCAGCAUGCAGGAGCACACCACUGACAACAGGUUCUUCUGGAACCAGUCCCUGCACUUGCACCUGAAGCACUACGGGGUGAGCUGUGACGAGUGGCUGCUGCGGCUCAUGUGUGGGGGCGUGGAGAUCAGGACCAUCUACGCCGCUCACAAGCAGGCCAAGGCCUGUCUCAUCUCCCGGCUGAGCUGCGAGCGGGCGGGCACCCGCUUCAACGUGCGCGGCACCAACGACGACGGGCACGUGGCCAACUUCGUGGAGACGGAGCAGGUGAUCUAUUUGGAUGACUCUGUGUCAUCUUUCAUACAGAUUCGAGGAUCUGUUCCAUUAUUUUGGGAGCAGCCAGGACUGCAGGUGGGAUCCCACCGUGUCAGGAUGUCAAGGGGCUUUGAGGCGAAUGCACCGGCUUUUGACAGGCAUUUCCAAACACUUAAAAAUUUAUAUGGCAAGCAAAUUAUUGUAAAUUUACUGGGGGCAAAGGAAGGGGAGCACAUGCUCAGCAAAGCCUUCCAGAGCCAUUUGAAAGCAUCUGAACAUUCAGCUGAUAUCAAAAUGGUGAACUUUGACUAUCACCAGAUGGUUAAAGGUGGAAAGGCAGAGAAACUACACAGCGUGCUUAAACCUCAAGUCCAGAAAUUCUUGGAGUGUGGAUUUUUCUAUUUUGAUGGGAAGGAAGUGAAAAGGUCCCAGAGUGGCACCGUCAGGACCAACUGCCUGGACUGCCUGGACAGGACCAACAGCGUGCAGGCCUUCCUGGGCCUGGAGAUGCUAACCAAGCAGCUGGAGGUGCUGGGGCUGGCUGAGAAGCCUCAGUUAGUGACUCGCUUCCAGGAGGUUUUCCGAUCCAUGUGGUCUGUCAAUGGGGAUUCUGUCAGUAAGAUCUAUGCUGGAACUGGAGCCCUUGAAGGAAAAGCAAAGGCUGGGAAGCUGAAGGAUGGUGCUCGUUCUGUGACCAGAACGAUCCAAAAUAACUUUUUUGAUAGCUCCAAGCAGGAGGCCAUUGAUGUUUUGUUGUUGGGAAAUACCCUAAAUAGUGAUUUAGCAGAUAAAGCACGGGCUCUGUUAACCACCAGCAGUUUACGCGUUUCAGAGCAAUCAUUGCAAUCAGCAUCUGUGAAAGUGCUGAAGAGCAUGUGUGAGAACUUCUACAAGUACGCCAAACCCAAGAAGAUCCGGGUGUGUGUGGGGACGUGGAACGUCAACGGGGGGAAGCAGUUCCGCAGCAUUGCCUUCAGAAAUCAAACCCUCACUGACUGGCUGCUGGAUGCACCCAAGUUGGCUGGGAUCCAUGAAUUCCAAGAUCGCAAAAACAAACCUGUGGAUAUAUUUGCCAUUGGAUUUGAAGAAAUGGUGGAGUUAAAUGCAGGAAACAUUGUGAACGCCAGCACCACGAACCAGAAGCUCUGGGCUGCAGAGCUGCAGAAGACCAUCUCCAGGGAUUACAAGUACGUGCUGCUGGCCUCAGAGCAGCUGGUGGGCGUCUGCCUCUUUGUGUUCAUCAGGCCCCAGCACGCUCCCUUUAUCAGGGAUGUUGCUGUGGAUACUGUCAAGACUGGCAUGGGAGGAGCCACGGGGAACAAGGGGGCCGUGGCCAUUCGGAUGCUGUUCCACACCUCCAGCCUUUGCUUUGUGUGCAGUCACUUUGCUGCAGGCCAGUCCCAGGUCAAGGAGAGAAAUGAAGACUUUGUAGAGAUUUCUCGCAAGCUUGGCUUUCCAAUGGGAAGGAUGCUCUUCUCCCAUGACUACAUUUUUUGGUGUGGGGACUUCAAUUAUCGAAUAGAUCUGCCCAAUGAGGAGGUGAAGGAGCUGAUCCGACAGCAGAACUGGGAUCCCCUCAUAGCAGGAGACCAGCUCAUCAACCAGAAAAACUCUGGGCAGAUUUUCAGGGGAUUUCUGGAAGGGAAGAUCAAUUUUGCCCCCACGUACAAGUAUGACCUGUUCUCUGAUGACUACGACACGAGUGAGAAGUGCCGCACACCGGCGUGGACGGACCGGAUCCUCUGGAGGAGGAGGAAAUGGCCCUUUGACCGAUCAGCUGAAGACCUGGAUCUCCUGAAUGCCAGUUUCCACAGUGACACUAAUGUCCCUUACACAUGGAACCCUGGCACUUUGCUGCACUACGGGAGAGCAGAGCUGAAAACAUCUGAUCACAGGCCUGUGGUUGCACUGAUUGACAUUGACAUAUUUGAAAUUGAAGCGGAAGAGAGACAGAAAGUGUACAAGGAGGUGAUUGCAACGCAAGGUCCCCCUGAUGGCACUGUGAUGGUCUCCAUCAGUUCUUCAGCUGAAGAAAACUAUUUUGAUGAUAACUUGAUCGAUGAUCUUCUUCAAAAAUUCGCAAGCUAUGGCGAAGUUAUACUUAUAAGGUUUGUGGAAGACAAGAUGUGGGUAACAUUUUUGGAAGGAAGCUCUGCUCUGAAUGUUAUGAAUUUGAAUGGUACUGAGCUACAAGGAAAGAUUAUAAAUAUCAACUUGAAAAAUCCAGAUUGGAUCAGAAGUUUGGAAGAUGAAAUGAAUCUAGAGAAGAUUAAUAUUGGGCUGCCUUCAUCCACAAGCUCCACUUUGCUUUGUGAAGAUGCUGAGGUUACUGCAGACUAUGACAUGGAAGGAGACGUCGAUGACUACAGCGCUGAAGUGGAAGAAAUCCUUCCCCAGCACCUGCAGCCGACGUCGAGCUCCGGGCUGGGCACGUCCCCGAGCUCCUCCCCGGCGGUAGGAGUCCUGCACCUGCUAGAAAGGAAUUUGGAGGUCUUGGAGCUCCUCCCAGUCCUGGGGUAGCUAGGAGAGAAGUAGAAGCUCGGACUCAGCCUCCACCCUCGGCGGGUACAGCCAGACCGACCGUUCCUCCCCGAGCUGGAGUUAUCAGUGCCCCACAAAGCCAUGUCCGUCCCUCGGGGGCACGACCGGCACCGGAGGCGCAGCCCAAGGCAGCGGAACCACCACGGGGCUCGCCGCUGCUCCCUGAGCCCCUGAAGCCACAGNACAGCCACAGCUGCUCUGGACACCUGUGCCAGGGCCUGCCCACUCUCGCAGGGGGAAGCAUGUUCUUCAAGUCCUCCUUCAGGGCACUGUGA